AUGGCAGAACAGCACGAAAAUGAAAAUGAAAACAAUAACGACAACGAUAGCUCGGAAAAUUUAAUAUCAUGUUCAGAAAGCACCGAAAUGUUGAUCCAGGAAAGUGCAAGAGAUCUUUUCGAUAUCGUAAAAUCUGGGGAUUUACCGGGUUUGGAAAAUCUUCUAGAGCGAUUAGAUCCUGAUGUUUUAUCUGCCAGAGACAUGCAUGGUUAUACUGCAGCGCACUGGGCAGCCCUGGACGGGCACGUGAGUCUGGUUCGGUGUCUAGUCCGACACAGUGCACCUGUCGAUCUUUCUUGCUUGGGAACCCAAGGACCCAGACCUAUUCAUUGGGCUUGCAGAAAGGGUCAUGUGGCAGUAGCGCAAGUUUUACUUCAAGCUGGAGUUAGUGUAAACGCGGCGGAUUUUAAAGGUUUGACCCCUUUAAUGACUGCUUGCAUGUAUGGCAGAACUGCGACGGCAGCUUUUUUAUUGGGAAUGGGAGCCCUAAAUCAUUUAACAGAUAUAAACGGUGAUACUGCUCUUCAUUGGGCUGCUUACAAAGGUAUACUAUUUUUUCUUAUCUACUGCCUUUAA